CCAGUGACUGGACGGUGGCCGCUGUUAGUAAUAACAGACAGAAGAAGAAAAGGCACAGCGAAAGCCAGGAUGUCUUGUAACAGCAGUGUAACCCAUGUCCAGCUGUCCACGUUGGGCAAAGCCGAACGCACCACAGUGCAUCUCAUGCCGUGUGAGAUUGAACACAAUGGUCCUGCCCAAGUCUCCCAGUACUUUUCAGCUACUACCAAAGAUCGCAAACAAGACAAGACCGUGUCCUUCAGGGGGCGUGGCCUGCGGGGGGCGGAGCUCAGCUGCCCGCAGGGAUACACUGGCCUGGUACUGAAGGAGGUGAACCCCAACAGCUCGGACCAGGAGGACAGGACAGUGAAGGUGUCCUCCAUGUUUGACAAGCUGACCUACUGGAACCUGGAAACCCCUCCCAACUCCGAUGACAUGGUUGUCAUGGCGAUGGAUUGGCCUGAACUGGCUGAGGCUAUUCAUGGAGCUGUAGAAGAUUGAUUGGAGACGCCUUCUUCUUCCUCGGCCCCACUGGCAGAAGCACCGGUGCAGGUUAUCCUCCCACUCCAGCAAGCCAGAGAACGGAACGGUCGUCUGUGAAAGGAGCAUUCGAAGCAUGGCACAUCUCCCAAUGACGAACAUUCUUGUGUUACUGCGACACAAAUAACUAGACAUAUUUCCUUAUCAUAUAUUUGACCUUUUGGGACUGAGGGUAGAUUUAAACGUUUAUUCACAAUAAUAAAAUGAACAUUAACAUAUUUGCUACAAAUACCUUUUUUGUGUGAUCCUAAGUACUGCAAUGUGGCACUUUAGUAUUCAGCUUAUUACAAGCACUGUGUAACAUUGAGUUAUGUCCCUCGAGCAGUUUUUACUUCUGCAGGUUUAGAACCUCCAGCCAGAAGGAGAAUUGUAACGAUUGUAUUAACAGAUCAAGGCAAUUCGGCAAUAAACAAAAAGUCCACUUCAUUACAUCUCGACAGUGUAGGAGGGUAUGAGGACACAGGUUAUAGACAAUAAGUACACACCGAUAAACAACCUCUAAUACAAACAUAUGCUAGCAGUAAUACAAAAUAGGUCUUAAGCCACAUAUUAUUACACAGUUGCCGUUUGGCAUGGGUUUUAAUGCCAACCCUUUUUUUUUCACACCUUGCGUAAAAUAAAUAAAUUAUAACUGAGGGAACACACACCAAGUUGUCCAAAAGGUAGCGUCAUAGUUGCCUGAUUUAAUCUGACUGAAUUACAUCUCACUUCUAUACGGCAUUAACUUGAGUCCCCCGGUUUGUUCCCCCUUGACAAAUAGGAGAAGAUGGGGCAAGACCAAGGUUGGGAAUAGCUCAGGAGGUAGAGCUAACUACUCCUGACGAGCUGGCUGGCCUUGCAUGGUUGACUCUGCCGUCGGGUGUGUGAAUGUGUGCAUUAGCUGUUGUCCUUGUAUAAAAAAGUCAUUGGCUUUGGAUAAAAGUGUCAACUGCAGCGUUCUAAAUGUAAAUUAAUGGAUAAUAGUAAAGCCAACCGCAAUUCAGUGAUUAAGCAGGUUAUUAGUGUUUUAGUGUGGGCAUAUUUUUUGUUUGUUAAAACAGCUUUGAUUAAAAAUAAAUAAGUCUCAGUACUGGUGCGUCUGUUU